AACAACGUCGACGACAACGACGACGAUGGACUCAGAUCCAUCCCAGUCCGUCCUUGUCUUUCUCUCCUACGCAUUAUCCCUUCUCGAGGAUGCCUUCUUCAAGAUCCCAGGCUCCGCAGUAGUCGCCCGCUACGUCAGGUCCUCCCACCAGAACGACCCUGGGCGCACAGUCCUUGAGCUUAUUCUCUUCCUCUUCGCCAUCCGUACCCUGCUCCAGAGCCGGACUAGAAAUGAUAAAAAUUUCGUCAAGUACACCGAAGAGGAAAUCGACGAGCUGGUUGAUGAGUGGAACCCGGAGCCUCUCGCUGUUCCGCUCGAUACAACCGAGCAGAGCGACUUCGAUGCCGUUCCAGUCAUCCAGGGUGCCAAUGGUCCCAAGCCCAGGCUCCUCAGUACAGGGAAAACCGUCAUCAACCUCGCGAGCUUUAACUUUGCGGGCCUUGCUGGCAACGAACAUAUCAAAGAACGCGCUAUCGAGACUCUGCGUAAAUACGGUUUAGGAAGCUGCAGUCCGCCCGGAUUUUAUGGCUCUCUUGACGUACACACUCAACUUGAACGGGACAUAGCUGAUUUUCUUGGAACGGAAGACUGCAUUCUCUACUCUCAGGACUUUUCGACACCGGCCUCCGUCAUCGGAGCGUUCUGCAAACGUGGCGAUAUCAUUGUCGCCGACCGAGGUAUAAAUUUUGCUCUUCAAAAGGGCUUGCAAAUCUCUCGGUCGACGGUCCGUUGGUAUGAUCAUAACGACCUCAAAAGCCUCGAGGAUGUCUUGCAAGGCGUUGAGAAGGAAAGGAGGAAGAAGAAAUUACCUCUCACUAGGCGAUUUAUUGUUACGGAGGGUAUCUUUGAAUUUGAUGGUGCUCUUCUUGAUUUACCCAAAGUCAUCGAACUAAAAGAGAAGUACAAAUUCCGUCUUGUCGUUGACGAAUCUUUCUCUUUCGGCUCGGUUGGUCGAACUGGUCGUGGCCUGACAGAACUGUACAAUGUACCAGCUUCUUCCGUCGACAUCAUUAUCGGUUCAAUCGCAAAGUCCCUCUGUUCCUCAGGAGCUUUCUGCGCCGCCUCGCGCAUCAUAACGGAACACCAACGGAUCAAUGGCACAUCCUUUGUCUUCUCCGCUGCCAUGCCUCCGCUUCUCGCUGUUGCUGCCUCAGAAGGGAUUGGAAUUCUGCGAGAUUCGCCAAGCGUGAUGGCGACGUUACAGGAAAACGUCAGGGUCAUUAGGAUGGUAUUAGAGAGAGUUGAAGGGAUUGUUUUGACAAGUCAUUCUGCCAGUCCGACGAUACACAUUACAAUCAAACCUCCCUCCGCAUCUCAACUUCUCCCUCCGCCCGUGGACAUCUUCUCCCCAUCAACUAAUAAUCCAGGGGCAGCCGGAUCAGGGAAAAGCAAUCCCAACUCCCCUCUUCCCAUCAAUCCACCCAAAUUCAACGCACAUGAAGAAGAGCGUGUCCUCCAAGCCAUCGUUGAGGAAUGUCUUGUACAGGGUGUGAUGCUUACCCGUGCGAAACACCUUCGGGGACAGGAGCUGGUGGAGCCGAGGCCGAGUAUCAGAAUUUCCGUCACGAGUGCGUUGACGAAGAAAGAAUGUGAAAAAGCCGCGGGAAUUGUCAAGGGAGUCAUUGGGAAGGUCUUGGGUAAGAGACGAUAGAGAAAAGGUGGAUUUCCUGAUUGGACCAGACGUGCUUUUAGUUGUUGAGUUUUUGGUUAUUUCAAGGAGUAGCUAUUGUAAAAUUUAUUUUUGGUUAAUC